AUGGAGCAUGAGAUCAACAUCCUUGCGAAGCAUGCUACGGAUGCACUUCGGGAAGCUGCUGGCAUCUCAGGGGUUGUAGUCCUCAAUUCUAGUUUGUUGGACAAGACAGAGUUGUUUGUUGCCAAUAAUCCAGUCGGAGUGGAAUUUCGUGUGCAAGAAAUGGUUCAGAUGCUAGACCAAAAACAACCAAAUGAUGUUCUACUACUAGGGGUAUGGGGGAUGGGAGGCAUUGAAUGGAAUACGUGUCUUGGUAGAGCGAAGUCUUGUAACUGUAGAUAUGAUAAGAACAAACUUGGAAUGCAUGAUUUGCUAAGGGACAUGGGAAGAGAAGUUAUUCGUUCAAAAUCACCAAUGGAGCUUGAGGAGCGUAGCAGAUUAUGGUUUCAUGAAGAUGUGCUUGAUGUGUUAUCAAAGGAAAUUGUAAGACCUUCAUUUAUUAUUUUAGUAUUUAAAAUGUCUAAAGCUAAUGGAAACUGA